GUCCUUGGCACGCUGUCGGGCGAGCGCGCGGGAUCAGCAGCAGCAGCAGCAGCAGCAGCAGUGCGGCCCCACUGCGCCGCUGUCCGACAACAAAUCGCCCGCUCCGCCUCGAUCACCUGGCAGCCAAUCGGCCCGCAUCCCGCUAUCACCAGCUCGGCUGCCGCCGGGCCGCGCAGGCUAUCAGCGACUCGCGGACCACCAGUGCAGCCAGCAAUUGCCGCCCAUCUGUGCCUUCUUUCACUGUAGAGAAACUUAUCGCAGCGUUCGUGGUACGCUCAGGUGUGUUCCGCCGAUAAGACUCGCAUACAGUUGCUCUCCGUUCGUCUGGCGGAUACGUGUGACCUUUUUCUCCGUUGACGUCUGAUUUUGACUCCGAGUUCCACCAACUGGCCGUUAGAACUGCUCUGAAGUGUCAAAUCAGGACUACUCCCAAAUACGACUUCUGCCUCCUAGACUGGUAAAGGAUUCAACUCCAGGGACCAGACGGCGGUCUUCCCUGGACGUGAGGCCCUCGGCAGAGGCGCACCGACAUGAGCGGGAACCCGUGGACGGCGGCGUCCGCCUGCCCCUACUGCGGCCGCCAGCUACCUUCCUCGCACUUGCAGAUCCACCUGGACGAGUGUGACCUGGCGCUGGAGAAAUGCCCCAACUCGUGUGGAGUAUCAGUUCAGCGACGCUACAAGUCGUUACACUUGAAGAACGAGUGCCUGCUGCGACCGCCGUCGCUGCAGCGGCCGGCUACGGCGACGCUGCUGAUGAGCUCCGGUGUGGGCGGCGGCGUCGGAGGCGGCGCCGGGACUGCGGGGGGCCGCGGAACGGACGCGCCGGCGCCCGACGUGCUGGCGGCGGAGCUGGCCAAGCUGCGCAGCGCGCUCGACGAGGAGCGCCGCCUGCGCGGCGUCGCCGUCGCGGAGUUCCGCCAGCGCUGCGACGCGCUCGACCAGUGGAACAAGAAGCUCGUCCAGGUGCUCGCCGCCUUCAAGGACUCGCUGCGACGGGAGGCGGAGCAGUGGCGCCGUGACGCGGUGCUGGCCGCCGCUACGUCGGCCGCGGCCACCGCCAGCGCCGCCCCGCCGGUUGCCGCCCCCGCAGACGUGGAGGCGGCGAAGGCGGCGCUGGGCGCCCUGGGCGAGCAGCUGGAGGCGGAGCGCGCGCAGCGGCUGCGCUCGGAGGGCGAGUACGACGAGCAGCUGGCCAGGCUCAGCGGCGCCGUGGCCACCGCCAGGGACCUGCACAGCGCGCUGGAGGAGCGCUACACGGAGCUGGUGUCGUCGUGCGAGCGCCUGACGCUGGAAGUGGAGGAGCUGGCCCGCUCCCAACUGCUGGAGGGCGACGCCUGGAGGGCCGAGGUGCGGGGAGAGCGCCGCCUCGGCGCAGAGAGGGCAGACGCCCUGCGACAGGAACUGCAGGCGGUGAAGAAACGGAUGGAAGAGGAGAAUGUGGCGUUGAGCGGCGUCUGGGGCGACCAAGAGGUGCGGCUGGAGCGGCUGGAGAACAGAGUGGCCUCACUGGCCUCCAGGCUGGCCGACAUGGACCAGCAGCUGGUCCAGCAGCAGGACAUCAGGCACGCAGUCCAGGUGCCAGGUCGCCUCCUAUGGAAAAUAACGGAGUUCGACCAGAAAAUGGCAGACGCCAAGGAACAUGACACCGUUCUUCAUAGCCCUAUAUUUUUCAGCCAACAGUUUGGACACAAGUUAAGGCUGGAAGUUCACCUAAAUGGAGUGGGCCACUGGAAGGGCCGCAACAUGAUCGUGGGCUUGCAAGUACUGCCGGGGGACUGGGACGCCCUGCUGCCGCAGCCAUUCAACCGCAAAGUGUCCGUCACCCUGAGGGACCAGGCCCCCAACUCGGAGCAGGCAAACAACCUGAUGAAAAUUUUGAAGGCUGGAACAACCAAAGAAGAUCCUGCUGGUUACCACCAGUUCUUCCCUCACAAGACGAUGCAGCAGUUCAAUUACAUCAAAGAUAACGCUAUAUACCUUGAAGUCACUGUAGAGUAACAUAUCCAAGUGCAUUUCCACGUGAACCGAGUGCAUUGGUGGAAUCGCUUGUUUUUAAAUGGAUAAUUUAACUUUACAGAUUUCUCUAUUUGACCGCGUAAUGCGAAUGUUUUGUUAUUGUAACAUAUAUAAAACAAUCGUUUUGAUUGAUUUCAAUUGACGCGUCAGCAACAACGGAGAAGUCUAAGGCCAUGUGAGACACAUUCUAUAUAGCAAGUACGGGUAGUUCUUUAUGAUUCUAAUGUUUAUAAUGACAAAGAAUCAUGAAUGAUCUGAAUUUUAUUUAAUAGUAUUGAAAGAGCAGUUGCUACAAAAUGAAACCACUAGACACCUUCAUUCAAAGGUGAUCUCCUGCAGUAGACUAGAUUAAUUACGGAAUGAUGAUGCCGAAAGAUGACUGAAGAUUCGUAUGGUGAAGAAUAUCCAUGUGUUAAAAAAGUCAUCUAACGGAAGCCAUUCUUACUUUAUUUCCUCUUAACAAUAGCCCAGCUGUAGUGAUUCCUCACGCAGGAUUAAUUUUGUGGAACAACGUUAAUCACGCCAUCUUUUUUUAUAAGCACAGCAAACAGCUAAGAACACUGACUUUCUUGCAUCCCAUUCCUCCAUUCUGUCUACGUUUUUAAUGUUGUCGAAGAUGGAGUACGUGACACAAUCAAGAUAGUUGAUUACACUACAGGAAUUCUCUACUCAAGACUUUUGCUUUUGCAGCUGAGGCCAACGAUUCCUCGGUCUGUGUGCGAUGCUGAAUUUUCAGUGACAACACUGCUCGCUUUUCGAAUCACGUCCAUCGCGAAUAUUAAGAAAGCGACACAAUACUUAUUAGUACCCAACAUAAAUUCUCCAGCCGGGGAAUCAAGUAGCUUCAGUUUAUGAAAUCGACAGAUUGUACUUAUUUCUUUAUUAGUAGUAGCCUAUCACGAACUACAAAUGAUUUCAAUCUUUUUAGUCUGUCUUCAGCAUGCAUUCAGGUAUGUGUUUUAUUCUGCCGAAAAUUUUCUUUACAGGUGCAUGUAGCAGUAUGUUUGUUCUAACAAGGAACUUUCUCAUAUCCUAGGAUCAAACUUUCGCUGCUCUGUAGGAAACCAAUGCCCUUCGUGUUCGUCAUAAACAAGUGGUCUCUCAUAUUGAUUUAUCUCCGUAACUUCACUGCGGGCCGUUGAGUACCCACACACAACAUUCAUGUUGUUUAGUGGCUUGUGUGUAAAGGCACCCAUAUGACUUCAGAGUAAAGCAACCAAGAGGACACGUAUUAGAGUGCAUCAACAUAAAGAUAUUGAACAGUUCAACAUUGCUCCUCAAAUGAUGAUGUAAUUUCCUUCUAUGCAACGAAAAGGAUUAUUAUGAUAGAAGAAUAUACACACGGAAAGCAUCUUAUAAACUUGACUAAACUGCUUUAGAUUUCGUUCUCCGUGUGUUUUAACUUAUAUUUAAUUUUAUAUUGAAGUUCAGUGUCUGCUGAGAUUCGAUCCAUAACUUGGGGGACUGUUGUAGAGCAUUUACUGGUAAUUGUUUUGUCAGAAUAGUCCAAGAGGAAAAAAGGAACUGUUCUCAAUAAUAAAAUGUCAUAAUGUUUAUUUAAGAAGAAUGAAAUGAACCGUGAAACAAAUAAAAGCGAAAUACAUAUAUUUGAGCAUAGAAACGUUAGCAUUGUGUAUAUUAUUAUUUAGAGCAAUAUUCUGUUGUUAACCCGUAUUGCUUUCGUCUGCGGUUACCAAUUUUAAUUAACGUUUCAUAUCCAUGACUAUGCAAUGAAAGUGUACUUCUCUGAAAGAUAUUUUGAAAUAGCUUUACAGCACUAGCAAUUGUAACGAAGUAUUGACAUUGUUGUAUUUGACACCUAAGAACUGAUGUAUCUUAUAAUAAAAACCUUUCUUGUACAGUGUCAGUA